AUUUCACGAUUAGUCCGGAUGAUACAGUUAGUAUAACGUUGACAGUGUCCAAAAAUUAUGGCACUGAAACGUAUGUUUAUAUCGGUUCUCAUUUCGUUAUCUUACGCAACGUCCAGCUCCCUCGAAGCCAGUGAUUCACAAGAGUGUAUCAAUUCGCAAAGAGUUAUCGGCGGAUAUUGCAUGCCGAUUACUGAUCGACCGUUUCAGGCAUUGUUGCUUGUUCGUAACAAGCCAAAAUGUGGCGCAGUGGUGAUAUCUAAACGUUGGCUUCUAACGGCUGCCCAUUGCGUUAUUGGUUUAUCUAAAAAAAAAUUCACUGUCGCGGUUGGGUCUUCAAAAAUCGGAGGACUUGAUCAGCAAAGUUAUGCGAUCGAUACGAUUAUUCUACAUGAAAACUUUAUGUUUAACGACAUAACGAUGGCAAAUGAUAUUGCUCUAUUGAGGACGUUAAACCCUAUAGAAUACAGUUCCAGAGUGCAACCGGUGGUUUUAAAUCGUGUUUCACCGCAGCCAGGCGAUGAGACUGUCGUUUCGGGAUUCGGUGUUACGAAUAUUAACAACGUCAGCGUAAUGUCAGAUUACCUGCUGGCCGUUGAUGGGAAAGUGAUUGCGAGGAAUAAGUGCGGAUCCUUGCUGAGGAACUCCGAGCCCGAUUUGGUAUUAUCAAACGGGAGUUUCUGCGCAGGAGUUUUGAACGGGGGAAAGGAUUCAUGCCAGGGUGAUAGCGGUGGUCCGCUUACGAUUAGCAACGUUUUGGCAGGUGUAGUGUCCUGGGGUCUUGAAUGUGGGCAAGUAAUGAUGCCCGGUAUUUAUACGGACGUGUCAUAUUACAUUGAUUGGAUUUUCGAAAAAACGAAGUCUGCUCCGAUAGACGAAAUGAUGCAGUUCUUUUUCGCACGUUUUAAAAUGCUACUGUUACUACCUCUGGUUUUGAACAGCGUUGGAACGUUAGCUUCGGAUUUUCCGAAACCGGGGGUGAGGAUCGUUGGUGGACAACUUGCACCGAUUAGACAACGUCCAUUUCAAAUAUUGAUUUACCGCAAAACUCCUGAAUUCACGAUUCCUGGCUGCGGAGGUGCUAUCAUCUCUCGUCGAUGGGUGGUGACAGCAGCUCACUGCGUCUAUCGACUAACUACUUACGAGAUGCUCAUUCGAGCAGGGACAGACGUCAUCGACAAUGAAGAGGGUGCGAUGUGGUAUAGCGUUUCAAGGAAGAUUGUCCACAAACAAUUCCGUAGUAUUGAGUGGUCAAUGAGCCACGACAUCGCGAUGAUGAUGACAGCUUCAAACAUCGUAUUCGGUCCAACCAUAGCAAGUAUUCCAUUGCUGACGAAAAGUCCCAGACCAUCGACUCCAGCCCUUGUUUCAGGUUUUGGUGUCGUUACGGAGGGCGAUAUGGCUAUGUCUAAUCAUAUGAACCAGGUAUGGGUGACUGUAAUCGACAAUAAGUGGUGCAAACAGCUUCUUGCCGUAAUUACGCCAGAGGUGGAAGUUAGCGACACGCAUUUUUGCGCCGCACAUUUAAGAGGGGGUCGAGACGCCUGCCAGGGAGACAGUGGUGGUCCUUUAACAAUAGGUAAUUCUUUGGCCGGUAUCGUAUCCUGGGGGAUUGGAUGUGGCAAAAAAAUGGUACCAGCAUUUUACACUGACGUGGCCCAAUUUGUUCCUUGGAUAAGGAAUAUUAUGAAAAAAUAUCGUGUCAGGUCAUCCCACAUUCGUAAUAGUCCAAAAUGA